GAGGCGGGAGGCGAGGCUCGGCUCCCCGCCGCUCUCUCUGCGCGCUGCCGGACCCCCGUGGCCAGCGGCAAGAUGUCAUGGCACCCACAGUACCGCAGCUCUAAGUUCCGCCAUGUGUACGGCAAAGCUGCCAGCAAGGAGAAGUGCUACGACUGCGUGCCCAUCACCCGCAACGUCCACGACAACCACUUCUGCGCCGUGAACCCCCACUUCAUUGCGGUGGUGACUGAGUGCGCGGGUGGAGGGGCCUUCCUUGUCAUUCCCAUCCACCAGACAGGUAAGCUUGAUCCACAUUAUCCCAAAAUAUGUGGGCACAAAGGGAAUGUUCUGGACAUCAAGUGGAACCCAUUCAAUGACUUUGUGAUAGCUUCGUGUUCAGAAGAUGCCACAGUUAAAAUCUGGGACAUCCCCAAGCACUUGCUAACAAGAAACAUUACCAGUCCGAAGAAGGAACUUCUUGGGCAUGUUCGAAGAGUGGGCCUCAUUGAAUGGCAUCCCACUGCUAAUAACAUCCUCUUCAGCUCUGGCUAUGACUACAAGAUAAUGAUCUGGAACCUUGACACCAAGGAUGCUGUCAUCUCGAACCCAGUGAAGAUCCUCAGUGUUCAUGAAGAUGUGGUCCUCUCCAUGUCAUUCAACACAGAUGGCAGUCUUCUUGCCACAGCCUGCCGGGACAGAAAGAUACGUCUGAUAGACCCUCGUGCAGGAACAGUCCUACAAGAAGCCAACUACAAGUCUCACAGAGUCAAUAAAGUCUUGUUCCUUGGAAAUGUGAAAAAGCUGUUCUCUACUGGAACAUCUCGGUGGAAUAAUAGGCAAAUUGCAUUAUGGGAUCAAAAUGACCUUUCUGUGCCUUUACUGGAGGAGGAUCUGGAUGGUUCCUCAGGACUCCUGUUUCCCUUCUAUGACUCAGACACACACAUGCUUUACGUGGUGGGAAAGGGUGAUGGAAAUAUACGGUACUAUGAGAUAAGCCCUGAGAAACCGUACCUGAACUACCUGAUGGAAUAUCAUUCUCAUUUACCACAGAAGGGAAUUGGAAUGAUGCCAAAGAGAGGCCUUGAAGUAUCAGCUUGUGAGAUUUUCCGUUUCUACAAGCUGAUUCCGACUAAAAGCCUGAUUGAGCCCAUCUCCAUGAUUGUGCCUCGACGGUCAGAGUCAUACCAGGAAGACAUCUACCCCUUGACCACAGGAGCCCAGCCAGCACUGACAGCACAAGAGUGGCUGAACGGAGUUAACAAAGGGCCUCUCUUAGUAUCCUUGAGACCAGGCUCUGGAGCUGUGAAUUCCUUACCACAGUGUCUUGAGCCAGAGCCACUCAUGAAAACUACUGACCAGAGCCAGCAUCAGGGUCGGGGAGAAAGGAAGCCACUGGAGGACCUGCAGAAGCCAACUGAGAUCGAAGACAGCAGAAAACAGCUGAAAGUGGAGGAGAAAUUGAAGAAAAAUGAUCAAAUGUGCCUCUCCAAUGGCUUUGACAUAUUUGAGUGUCCACCACCAAAAACUGAAAAUGAGCUUUUGCAGAUGUUUUACCGGCAACAGGAAGAAAUCCGUAGACUACGUGAGGUAGUAAACCAGAGAGAUGUCCAAAUUAAACAGCUGGAGCUGGACCUCAGAAACCUCUGCACAGACACAGGCACUUACUGAGGGUGCUGGUCUGGAGACUCCAGUUCCUGUGGAUAACUCCUCCUAGGGUUUUGCUGGGGGAAAGGUCGAUGCUUCAGGCAGGAUGGACUUCCCUGGCUUGUCACGGUCACAUUUCCCUUAUUGUCACCAGACAGUUAUUGAUGGACUUGCUGUGCUUCUUCAGGCUCCCCUUGCUUGCCCGCUCACUCAUGUCAGAAGCUCAUGCAUUAAUGCUAGUGAGAGACUUUGGAAAAUCUUGCUCUUCUGGUCCUGGAGAAGCAACCUGUUAAGCUCUAGGAACAAACAGUUUCGCUGCCCCUCCACAUGACAUGAGGAUGGGAGACUGAAUGCAGCUGCCAGCUUUUCCUACCCCUGGAUCCUGCAGUGCGGAUUCUUGUGUCCGCUGUCCUGCCCUGGGAGACUACUCUGCAGCUGAGCUUCAGAUGCACCUCUAGCUCCAAAGUGAUCUCAUGCACCCCUCUUGCCUCACAGCUUGGCCCUGCUGCUGGGUGGCUAGGCAAAGCUGUGGCUGCCCCGACCUGGUGCUGGGGAUAGUCCCCCUCUGGGUGGGAGGCUGCACUGGGGCUGUUAAGGGCCAGCACUUUUGUGAUAGGUAAAGGUUGGUGUUUGGGGGUCCUGCUUAAAAGGGGUGAUGGUGUGGGCUGGUUCUCACCAGAGAAGCUGCAGGUGCAGCAGAGGUCUCUGGGCCCUUUGAGUCAGUUGCCUUCUUUCCCUCUUUCUACCAAAGACCAGCUGCAUCCAACUGGGGGCCGUGGUCCUGCGGUGCUCAUCAGACAAAUGAGGACAACAUUUAAAGCUGCACAGUGUUGGCAGUGGGUGGUUUACCAAGAGGGAUUAAAAGGACGAGGGAGGAGUUGGACAGUCGAUCUGCUGCAGACCAUUCAGCAAUGGUUCUAGCACUGUGGUAUUGGCCACAGGAGGAUCACAGAACUGUGACCAGUCACAAACAGCCCUCCCUAGUUGCUGGAAUAUUGCUUGUCCUUGUGCCUGCAGCUUCUGCUUCCUUAGCUCCCAGGUGCCAGCGCCUUGUCCCAUGUGGCUACAGGCUCCCUCUUCCCAGCUGUUUUGCCCAGCCUCCCACAACCUCCAGGGCUGUCCCGUCUUCCCAGAUUCUGCAGCCACACUCAUCUGUGCCCUUCAGCACCAGCUCUCCAGCUCACUGCCUUCCCCAGCCCUUUUUCUUAGGGCAAGAGCAGCUGCAGGGUGCAGGUCCCAUCCUUAUUUUAAGGGCUGGCACCCGUGAUCAGCUUUAUGCAGCCUGCCAGCGAUGUGCAGAGCUGGGCCAGCAGUAGCACCGGGGGAGUGCACAGCCCGGCGUGCCUCGUAGUUGCCUGGGGGACUCCUCUCAUUUGUUUCCGAGGUGCGGGGCAAGAGGGUGGACUGUCAGCUGCCCUGGUGACUGAGCACAGCAGCAGCACUGGAGGGGGAAUGUUUUUCCUUGUCCCAAAUGCAGAGCUUACAGAAAUGUCUUAAACCCAAGUAGAGCAAGCAACCGCUGUUGAACCUGUAACUGCACCUGUUGUGACACCUGUAGGAAUGAAUACUAUGCCCUGCUAGUUCGCUGAAGCUUAAUGAUCUUGAGUCUAAAAGUUUAAAAUAAAAAAUUAAAUCUCUGUAGUCAGGAGUUCCCUCAAACAGGACUCCUUAGCAAGGGAACUAAAGGCUGUGCACUGCCUGUGCUCACGUGAAAUGCCCCUCUGGUUAUCCCUGAAAGCAAUAGCCAGCAGGGAGCUCAUGGGCACUAAAUACUCUUAUAUGAGAAUCACACAAAGACUUUGGCAUCCCUUUUGCUCUGCUUCAGAGACUUCACCCAGCUUUCAAAAAUAUUUCAUUCAUUUCUAAAUAGCAACAACAGAUGUGGGUGCUAAAAAGUUACAAAUACUGUUUCUUUCCGCAGCAUUACAGAGAGGGGGUAGUUGUUAAUUUUCUUCAGGAAGAGUGCUUUAGCAUCAGUCACUUACUUAACACUACUUCUUUUGUAAAAAAUAAUAUAUUAAUAGCAAAGUUGUUGAGACAAAUUUCUGCUCAUUUCAGAUCCUCUAGGAAAGACUUUCCUGUGCCCUGGGAACAUUCUGCAGUAUGCAGUUACAUGCAAAAGCAGCUCACCCCAGGUACAGAGCUUUAAUCCAAACACAUGAAUUUUAACGCCAGAAGUGGUCAGGCUUUCUCACCAAAGAGAAGAGCUACAUAGAAAUCAAGAAGCUCACAGUUUUUCAGCCAUGUCAAACAGGCCUGACAGCUUCAAACUUCAAAGCCAUUUUCACAGAGGGUAGCCCCAGGGUUAUGACACUCUGGUUUUCAAGCUAUUAUCAGAAGGGAGAGGGCUUGACACAGCCUCAGCAGUCCAGGGGAUACGACACUUUCUUGUCACCAUAUGUGUUUUAUUUGCUGGAUUUUUUUUUGCUUAUUUUUCAUACAGAAUAAAUUAUUUAAAUUAUUUGCAAGUUAGAGUAAUUUUUUUUUCAGGGGAUUUUGAAAUCCUCUUGAGGACUAUUUGUUGUCCUAUGACUGACUAGCAUAGAAAAUGGUUGGCCACCAUGGUUCUUAUUUUAGAGUUGCGUUGAUUUCAGCAUUUCUGUAAAAGAAGUUGCUUUCAUUUAGGCUUUGCUAGCAACAUUUGAUAAGGCGAGACUAUUUAAUCAGAAGUUGUUUUUUGGACAGUAUGCCUGUAAAAGCAUAGACUGUGAAAUGUAUUUCAAUUUGGACCUUAAAUGCAACAGUAAAUCUUUCACACGGAGAAAAAUAGCGGAGGAAAUGGAAUUAUGUGCUAAUGAACUGUGCCUAAAUAGAUUCAAGUGAUCAUUUUAACAGUUUCUGAAACUAACAGCUUUGUAAAAAACUGUAAAACAUGGGGAUAAAUACCAAAUUUGUGCAAUGAAAAGCAAAUGUAACUGAAUAAUAAAUAUAUUUGGA